GAAGCUUCGCUCGGCUAAGGGAGAAUCGUAGCACAACAGCAUUGGCAUGCUAAGUAAGAAACAGCUGGUGGCUGAGGCGCCAUCGAGAGGGGAAAUAUAGUGAAAGCUCAAUGACUUUUUUUUUUUUACUGUGUUCAGUAUUCCAGUGAUGCUGCAGUGGCGUAAAAAAAUAAAUGUACCUUUAAAAAGGCUGAGCCAAGUGACUGCUGCCGAAGACAAAAGGGGAUGAAUGUACCUUUGCUGAUGAAGAUGAGGGUGCAGCCUGCUGUUUUGUUUUGUUACGUUACCAGGAUCCACAAGUGAAUAAAUCAAUUUGCUAACAUCUUAGCCAGUUUUGUACCAUGUUAUAGGGUACUAAUGGAUUUCAGCUUUAUUUGUGGAGAAAAUGAAUAUGUAUCUGACAUUCAGUUCUCCGGCUUUUAACUGUGCUGAUGGAAAUAAUAUUGCUGUCCAAUAACAACGAAUCUACUGCUAUCCUAAUUGUUUUUUGUUAUGAAGAAUUGCAAACAUUAAUAUGCUAACAUGUGGAAGAUUGUAGUUAGAUUGGUUUUCACAUGAAUUUUUCUAAAAAAGCUAUAGUUACAAGGUGCUUAAACAAACUUCAAAAUUAUGGCUGAAAAAGAGAGGUGAACAGGUUUUGGAUGUACUUGAAAAUAUGAUUGUUGGUGGGUUUAUUCACAUCUCCUGGAAGAUUUGGAGUUUUUGGUCAAUUUUAUUCAUACCACUUGGAAGAUUUUGGAUUUUUUCUCAAUCUUGCAUUUUACAUGUGCUGCCCAGGAUCCCUUCAGUGUCGGAUGGAGAUAAGGAAGGCAAGGGAGCCCAGUAAUAAACGGGUCAGGCCUCUUUCUAGAGUGACAUCACUAGCAAGUUUAAUUCCUCCUGUCCGAGCAACUCCUUUGAAGCGAUUUGGUCAGUCUCUUCAGCGCUCCAUCAGUUUUCGCAGUGACAGUCGGUCUGAUCUUCUUGCAUCACGUCCUUGGACUAGAAAUGUACCUCCAGCUAUCACCAAGCGAAGAGACAGUAAACUCUGGAGUGAGACCUUUGAUGUCUGUGUCAAUCAGGUGCUCACAUCCAAAGAAAUCAAGCGCCAAGAGGCUAUUUUUGAACUUUCACAAGGAGAAGAAGAUUUGAUAGAAGACUUGAAAUUAGCAAAGAAGGCUUACCAUGACCCAAUGCUUAAGCUCUCCAUACUGUCAGAACAAGAACUGAACCAAAUUUUUGGAACACUGGACUCUUUAAUUCCUCUGCAUGAAGACCUUCUCAGGAGACUGAAAGAAAUUAGGAAGUCUGAUGGAUCUACGGAUUCAGUUGGUCAUAUCCUUGUGAGCUGGUUGCCUUGCCUGAAUUCCUACGACAGCUAUUGCAGCAACCAGGUAGCUGCCAAGGCAUUAUUGGACCAUAAGAAACAGGAUCAUCGAGUACAAGAUUUCCUGCAGCGUUGUCUAGAGUCACCUUUCAGUCGCAAACUGGACCUCUGGAACUUCCUUGACAUCCCAAGAAGCCGUCUGGUGAAAUACCCAUUGCUACUCAGAGAAAUCCUGCGACAUACACCAAAUGAUCAUCCAGACCAACAGCACCUUGAAGAAGCUAUUAAUAUUGUCCAAGGCAUAGUGGCAGAAAUUAACAAGAAGACAGGUGAAUCUGAAUGUCAGUAUUAUAAAGAGAGGCUAAUAUAUCUGGAUGAAGGCCAGAAGGACUCCCUGAUAGAUGAGUCACGUGUUGUGUGUUGUCAUGGUGAACUAAAGAACAACAGGGGAGCGAAAUUGCAUGUCUUUCUCUUCCAAGAAGUGCUAGUGAUUACUCGGACAGUUACACAAAAUGAACAGCUCUGUUACCAAUUGUAUCGCCAACCCAUCCCGGUGAAGGAUCUUGUGCUGGAGGAUUUGCAAGAUGGAGAGGUGCGAUUAGGUGGAUCCAUACGUGGUGCAUUUAGCAACAAUGAGAGAAUUAAAAACUUUUUCAGAGUCAGUUUCAAAAAUGGAUCUCAGAGCCAGUCCCAUUCAUUACAAGCAAAUGAUACCUUUAACAAACAGCAGUGGCUCAACUGUAUCCGUCAAGCCAAAGAAUCUGUCUUUUGUGCAUCAGGCGAAGGACUUGACUCUGAGGGACCUUUACUAACAUCCUCAAAUAGGAACAGAAUAUCACGUCAAGAGUCAAAACUUGAGCAAAUGGACCAGUCAGACAGUGGAUCUGACUGCAGUAUGGACACCAGUGAAAUCAGCAUUGACUGUGACCACAUGGAACAAACAGACUCUUGGAAGAAUGACCAAGAAUUAGAAAGCAAUGUCUGACAAGAACUUCACAGAGAUCUUCUGUGUUUUACCUGUACAGUAUCUGCAUUCCAUAUAUGGAGUAAGAAGCACUUUUUAAAGUAUUUUUGUGACAAUAUCAGCUCAGCCACUAUUAUAUUUGUACCUUUUGACCACAGUACUGUAACUGCCAGUGUGUAAUUUGGAAUGUAAAGCAACUAUAAUCCUGUGAUAUUCUAUAUAUGUCUCAAUGGCUGAGAGAGGUACUUGACCAACUAUUUCAAAUGUCCUGCUGGUAGAUAUAACCUCUAUACUACUGUUUUUAAUGCAUAUUACACCAUAGAUGUCUCUGCUCAUAAAGUGCCCAGUUUUGACCUCUCAUAAAAAACUGAAUGCAGGAGAUCUAUAAUGUGUUUAAGAAGGUUAUCAAAGCCUGACACUAAAUGUAAGUGUUGCAUUACUUUGUGACUUGAUAUGAAUCAUCGGGUGACUACUUGCAAGUGUGAGUGAAACAUUACAGGUGGGACUUCCUUAUCACCUCAGACAUGAUUUUUAAUAGUUUGUUCACAAAGUGUUGAGAAAACAAACAAUGUACAGGCAUAUGGGAACCAGACCUACAGAGUAAGCUUACAUAGAUAACAGUAUUGCUAUCAGGUCAGCAACAAUCUUAAAAUACAGAUAGAUUCUUGCCUUUAUGAAGAAAUGCAUAUUUAUUGUGGCUAUUUGCAGUGUGCAUUCUCGCAGUACACAGAUACAAUCUAAACAAUCCUUUGAAAGGAGAUGGUUGGCAGUGCUGAAUCUCCUUGCAGACAAAUAGAUCAUAGUGCAUUUUCUAACUCAUUUGUCAUAAAAUCUUAGAAGACUGCUCCAGAAAAAAAGUGAAACCGAUAAAUCCCAAUCAAUGACCGACUUUGUUAGAACUGUUAUUUUUAUGAAGCCACGAACUGAGUCUGCGGCCAGGAAUUGUAUGUGUAAUGGUGUUCUCCAAUAUCAGAUAGUUGUUUUUUUUGGGGGGGGGGGUUGCAUUUGAGUAUUUUUAGUUGCAUCUAUCAUUGUUCUGAGCUUGGGACAGCUUAUUCAUUUGGGGGGGGGAUUCAACUUUGCCUUCUCGACAGUUGUUCGGACCACAACAUUCACUGCUGUCAUAAUAUGCCAUUUGUACAUAGGGGCACUAUUGGAUGCCCUCCUCAAGAGCUAGGAUUCCAAACAAAGGCCGAGCAGUUAUUGCAGAUAUUGUUAAAGACAUUCAGGGAAACUUGGAAAAUUUAGAGGUAUAACUCCAUACUAAACAAGCUAUCAAAAUUGUCACUUGUUCACUGUGUUCACAGAAGACACCUUCAUGAUAAUUGAGUGUUAAUUAUUAAGAUUUUAAUGGGGUUAAUUUAUUAUGAUUAAAAUAAUAAAUUUGAAUUGUAAACUGAAUAUAAAGCUUUAGUUCAUAAUCAUUUUUCUAAGAAGAUGCCCAAAGAAAUUGUACAUUAUUGAGAUACAAUGUAUUUGGCUGCAUUCUCAUUUACUCCCGAAUACAACUGUCUGUGUAACUAUAUCCACUAGUACUCCAAACUCUGGCAGCACUGUUACAUCUCAAAAAACCUUAGCCCUUUCUUCUGUUAGUGUGAAGGACAUCUCUGGCUCUGUACCCUUGGUUGAGAAAAUGCCAAUAAAAUUGGUAGUUUUGGGCCAAAUUUUCAUUGAAAGUUUUAAAAACACUGAAAUAUUUUAUUUGAGCUACUUCCUGCUAAUGCCAUGCCUUUAACUUGCAAUUCAGUGCACUGAAAGGUUUCCUUCUACUGUUACUACUUACUUUCCAUGCAAUAUAAAUUCUGACCUCGGUGCAAGCAGUAAAAUUAUUAAAAUGUUGCCAAAAUGCAUAUUUUGAAUAUUUUACAUGUUUACUGAAAAAGUAGGGAAAUAAAAUAGUGUCAACAUUAAUUUGUACAUGUUUUGCUGGGUGCUACAGGAGUCAUUGUGUUGCAGCCAUUAUGCUGAAAUAACGAAUACAAAAUAGGUGAUUUUACUUUUAUCUUUUAAAAAAGAUAUUAGUCUAAUUUUACUCCUUAGAACAUUACUGUACAGGGUUUAAACAGGAUAAUUAUUUUGUAUUUCGCUCGUAUAAUUUAUUUAAAUUGCUUCAUUUUGGAAGCUGAAUAUUAAGAAUAAGAGAAAUAUGACUUAAUGCAGAAACCACAUUUGGUCAGUGGAACUAUUUACAAAAGCAUUCCUGUACACAAUUACCUGGAUUUCCCACUGAAUAAAGAGGAUAUGCUUUUCAGUAAAUAUGAACAGGACUGCACUAUUAGGAUGCUAACUACUGAAAUUACAACAACUUGACAAAAUGUUGGGGAACUGUACUCUUCAUUUAUUAAAAAGUAAUAUAUGUUCUGAUUACAUUUUUUUGCCUACCACCUUAAACUUUUCUUAAAGAGUUUCAAUAGAUUAAACAUAAUGGGUUUUUUCAUAACUUCUUGCCUAAUAUGUAAAGAUGGAUCCUUCAGGUUUUUUAAUCAAAUUCUUGCCAGCAAUUUGACAUUUGAUAUUUCAUGUAAAAUAUGAUUUUUAAAGUCUCCAAACUUAAUCACAGUAGUUGAACUGUAAUUACAAUUAAAAAAAAUAAAAGUUUUAGGAUUAAGUACAAAUAACAGCCUAGAUCUAUUCAUUAAAAUAACAGAUCAGUGGAAUCCAUAAAGAAUUGUAGGACACCAAAAUAAGUAGCAGCAAUCACAAGUCACCUACAUUAUACAGGUCCACACAUUUGGGAUUUCAUCAUAGUUCAUUCUGUUGUGGAUUGGAUUGUCGUCCCCCCCCCCUUUUUUUUUCUUCAUGGCAAGAUAUUUUUGUUGAAAAGGCAUUGUCCAUUCAUGCUACAGGUAAGUGGUUGUUGUUGAUGUCUGUCACUUGGUUCUCAUUUCACAUGCUUACUGUAUGUUUUGUACAGUGUCAGACUUUUUCAUGUCUGAGCAUGUCUGCUGUUGAAAGGCCUUCCAGUUUGGAUCCAGAUGUGUGAUUAGAUAGUGUUAUUUGGACGAGUGUUUUGCUUUCUCCCAGUGGUUGUUUGAAAAUCUUCAGAUCUGGGAGCCUCGUCUUAAAACAUGAUCUCUUCCUUCAUUUUGGGCUGUCUCAUUAUAGGGCAGUGGUGGCGAAUCUAUGGGACACGUACCAGAAGAGUCAUGAAAUGCCUCCACUUGCCAUCCCUCCCCCUGCUCGCUCACCCCUGCCCUCUCGCAUGUCCACAACUCACCCCUCCCCCCCCCCCCCCCCAGUUUGGGCAUUCAAUCUCUAAAAGGUUCGCCAUCACUGUCAGGGUUUUCAAGGUAAAAUGUAUUCGGGAAUGGUUUACCAUUUCCUUUUCCUGCCCAAUACUAAUGCUUUCAGAUUAAGCCUCUGCCAUUACACACACACUGCUGCUGCCCAGUACCUUUCAUACACCAGAAUACGGCAUUUGACAUAUUUAGUUCCUUAACAAAAGCAGUUCCUUAACAAAACCCACAGCAUAGCCUCUUAUGUUAUGAGGAAAAGAGGCAGCUCUUUUCAAUAUGCAAGAUCUGCAGGAAGAACUGGAAGCCAGGAGUGGUUUUUAUCAGCUCAGGCUGAUUUGGCAAGUGAGAUAUUGACCAGUUAUUUAUAAUUGAGUUACCUCUAAGUCAGAAUGUUUUCUCUGAGGGACUUUAAAAGUGACAGCUUUAAUAGAAGCUUGGACAAAAUAAAUCCAUCCAUUCACAGUCUGUACUGGUGAAGUAUUCAAGAUGUCAAUUAUUUAUAUUUAAAAUGAAUGUGCAAAGUGCUUCCUUCCAGAUGUUGUACUACAAAUCCCAUAAGCCCUGGUCACCAGAGUCAAUGGUGAGGAAUGCUGGAAAUGAUAGAUGAGUAAUGCCAGGAGUCCUGGCCCUGUAUUAAAGCUCCAGACAGCCCAGAAAAGGGCCAGGAUUAAAACAAUCAUUGGAUUACUUUCAUGAAUCCAAUGAGAGAUUGAAAAUAUUUUUCCUUGAACAGUAACCUACCAUACUGAAUAGUAAUCUGAUUUUAAAACAGACUUUUAAAAAUGUAUACUAAAGUAAAAAGAUUCCACCAGGGUAAAUAAAGUCCUCUUUUUGCAAGUUUUAUUAGCUCUUUACAUCCCCAGUCACAACUAAUAUUUUACUGUCAAAAAUAAUAUGUACAAAAAGAAAAAAACAGCCUGUUGGUAAGUUCAUGCUGCCAUCUGCUGGAGGGUUUAAAUGUAAAAUGACAGUUGAUUGGAAGAAUAAUCAAUUGAUGAAACUACCUUUAAUCAUAUUUUUAAAAAACAUAACACAGUGAACCGUUGCCUACUCAAUGCUGAAAUAUGCAAAUUAAAAUAAAAUAUGAAAUUAUCUCGGCAUGAAGAAAGAAGUAUGGCUAUACAAAGAUUACCUUGUAACCACCUGUAUCAAAAUUGUAUACAUUCAAUACAUCUCUUGGCAGAAAAUGCAAAGAAAACAUUCUUUCUGUAUUGCCUCUUACUAUAAUUUUGCCAUGCUUAAAAAUUUAACAUGUUUGUUUUGUUUUAUAUUUUAGGUUGCCAAUCUGUAGUUCUUGAGAGUUGUUCUAAAUACAAUUACUUUUUAUUUUU